GACUUGUGCCAUCCUGGUCCACCAUGGUCAUUUUCAACCUGAGCAGUUCCAACCCAGGAUCCUUCAUUCUCAUGGGCAUCCCAGGUCUGGAGCAGGCUCAUGUAUGGAUUGGGAUCCCCUUCUGUAUCAUCUACGUUGUGGCUGUGGUGGGAAACUGCAUCCUUCUCUACCUCAUUGCGGUGGAGCGUAGCCUUCAUGAACCCAUGUUCUUCUUUCUGUCCAUGCUGGCCACAACUGACCUCAUCUUGUCCACAGCUGGUGUUCCUAAAACACUCGGUGUCUUUUGGCUUGGGGCCCGAGAGAUCACAUUCCCAGGGUGCCUUACACAAAUGUUCUUCAUCCACUGUAGCUUUGUCCUGGACUCAGCCAUCCUGAUGGCCAUGGCAUUUGACCGCUACGUGGCCAUCUGUUUUCCCCUGAGGUACACCACUAUCUUGACCCCCAAGACCAUCAUCAAGAUUGCUGUGGGAAUCUCCUUUCGAAGCUUCUGCAUCAUCUUGCCAGUCGUAUUCUUGCUCACCCGCCUGCCUUUCUGCAGAACACGCAUCACACCCCACACAUACUGUGAGCACAUCGGUGUCGCCCGGCUGGCCUGUGCCGACAUCUCCAUCAAUAUCUGGUAUGGCUUUUGUGUCCCCAUCAUGACGGUCAUCUCAGAUGUGGUCCUCAUCGCCGUCUCCUACGUCCUCAUCCUCUGUGCUGUCUUCCGCCUCCCCUCCCGAGAAGCUCGCCAGAAGGCCCUGGGCACCUGCGGGUCCCAUGUCUGUGUCAUCCUCAUGUUUUAUACACCUGCCUUUUUCUCUAUCCUCGCCCACCGCUUUGGACCCAAUGUCUCCCCCACUUUCCACAUCAUGUUUGCCAACCUCUACGUCGUUAUCCCACCUGCCCUCAACCCCAUGGUUUACGGAGUAAAGACCAAGCCAAUCAGAGAUAAGGUCAUAAUUUUGUUUUAUACCAAGGGUACCAAAUAG